CUUAAUUUUAACGUUUCCCUCCUUUGUGGCUUUUCUCUGUGGUUGCAAGAAUCCUUCUUCCACCCACCUCUUCCCCUAACGCAAGAUUAAAUCGUUGAUUGAACCUUUCCCAAGAUCUCGUUGGCAAUUUGGUUCAGAAUUUCUUUGUGAUGGGUUUGAGAUACAAGGCUGGUUUGUUCCUCAUAGCCACUGUCGUUAUUAUUUGGGUCACCUCUGCAGAAGUUACCCAGGAUAUUUUUACAGAUUAUAAGCAGCCAUUUGCAGUGACAUAUCUUGGAGCUUCUCUUAUGGUAGUGUACCUCCCAAUAGCAUUCAUUAAGGACUGGUUCUGUAACUUACUUAAAUGCCGCUCUUCUAAAAGUGGUAAAAAUGCAGAAUGCGUGGAUGAGUAUUCUGUCAGCAUUAGCUCUCCUCUCAAAGACAAUGGAAUGCAGAAAAAUUUUGAGCUGGAACUGGGGAGUGUAAUUCGAAAAGAUAGUGAUUUAGACCUUUCAACUCUUGCAGAAGUAAAGCCUUUAGUAGCUAAAUAUAAUGAUAAUAUUAAUGUCCUAAAGACAGAGAGAGAACUUACUGGGAAGGAAAUUGCUACUUAUGGAUUUUACAUUGCACCUAUCUGGUUUAUAACAGAGUAUCUAUCAAAUGCUGCCCUUGCACGAACAAGUGUUGCAAGUACAACAGUAUUAUCAUCAACUUCAGGACUUUUCACACUCUUCAUUGGUGCAUUUAUGGGUCAAGACUCCUUAAAUGUAGCAAAAGUAGUUGCUGUCUUGGUUAGCAUGGCUGGGGUUGUCAUGACAACACUGGGGAAAACUUGGGCCGCAGAUGAAUCGCAAUUAAGUGCUGCCAAUGGAAAGCACUCUUUUGUUGGAGAUCUUUUUGGAAUUCUCUCGGCUAUGACUUAUGGUUUAUUUACUGUUCUUCUUAAAAAAAUUUCUGGUGAAGAAGGAGAAAGGGUUGAUAUGCAAAAGCUUUUUGGGUAUAUUGGAUUGUUCACACUUGUAGCACUCUGGUGGCUUGUCUGGCCACUGAUGGCCCUAGGAAUUGAACCCAAAUUUACCAUUCCCCACUCUGCCAAAGUGGAUGAAGUGGUUCUUGCCAAUGGAUUAGUUGGAAGCGUAUUGUCAGACUACUUCUGGGCACUUUGUGUUGUAUGGACUACUCCCCUUGUGGCCACUUUGGGUAUGUCACUCACCAUUCCUCUGGCUAUGGUGGCUGACAUGGUAAUUCAUGGUCGACAUUAUUCAGCAGUAUACAUUCUUGGUUCAGCUCAGGUAUUUGCAGGCUUUGUAAUAGCUAAUCUUUCAGAUUGGUUGACGAAGAAGUUGGGAUUAUAACGUAUUGUUUUUUAGAUUAAUUUUUUCCAUAUUUCAUUCUUUCUUCGGUCGAUCAUUUGUCCACUGUUCUAAUAGGGUGCUUGUACCAUGAGACCAUAUAUAUCUUGAAUCAAUGCACUGAUUGGGUGCUGUAUUUUUUUGUGUAUAUGAUUCUAGAGUGAGGUUUAUGUUUUAUUCAUGAUAGAUUGAGCUAUUAACCACGGAUCACAAGAAUGUAAUCAAGCCUUUUUAACAAUUGUGUAUGCAAUUCUUUUUCCUUAUAAUGUAAUGUUCGUUUCUUU